AUGGCGAGUACGAACACCUACAACAGUGCGGUGGAUCCGAAGAUACCGGUGCUGAAGGGCGAGACUCUGAAGGAUUUCACCAGGUACAAGAGGGCGGUGCAGGCGGCCGAGCUGGGAUGCGAGUCCAAGGAGCAGAAGAUCGCGCUCGAGCCCAAGCUGUACCGCAACCUCCUCGGCGCGGACAACUCGAUCAGAGUCCUGAUCGAGCAGACGGGCCCGAAGGACUAUGCCGUCGAGAAGGGCGCCGAGGUGCUGCUCAAGUUCUUUGAGGCCGAGCGCUUCGCCAAGAGCAGUUUCCGUGAGCUGCCGAAAGCCUUCGACACGCUCUUCGACCUGACGUACUUCGAGCGCAAGGGCGUGGACCCGGACAUGAAGGUAAGCUCGCACGAACUAGGGUACCACACUCUGAAGCAAGGCAGACUCGACAAGGACGAGCGCAACCUGGACGAUGACGGGUACUGGUAUGAGUGGGACGACGAGCGUGGCGUCUACGCGUGUGCUGACGAUGAGGACGAAGACGCGGACUGGGAAAGUAGUCAUCUGUUCUACAUCGAGGACGACGCCGACGCCUACCUGGCAGCAGCUGGCGGCAAGGCGGCUGGGAAGAGCUCCGGGAAGGGCAAAGGCAAGGGCAAGGACGGUGGCAAGUCCAAGAUGGUGAGUAUGGACAGCGAUCCGAUCGUGCCGGACAGGCCAGAGCUCGAGGUGAUGAUCUCAAGCGACGUCGUGCCGCCUUCCUUGAUGGAUAGCGGGGCCUCGAUUGCAGUGGCAGGACGCGGGUGGCUUGACCGCGUCGAUGCGGAGCUCGCGAAGUAUGGCCUCAAGCCAAUCAAGCUGGAGGCUCACCAGAAAUUCAACGGACUCGGCAGAACACGACGUGAAUCAAAGCAGAAGUGGAUCAUCCCGGUCGGCAUUGGGAAGAAGCAUGUGCUGCAGGACGGCCACUGGGCGGACUUCCAGGAGCUCGGGGUGCAUGGCAAGGAGCUGGUGAAGCUACCUGGCGGGCAUGCAGGCUUCGACCUCUUCGACUACGACCUCGAGUCGUACCAGUCGGAGCCCCUCUUCGAGAGGUUCCGGGUUGAGGAGAUGCAGCCCGAGCCGGAUGCAUUCCUGGUCGCGGAGGCGCUGCGGGAGUUCGAGCCAGGCUUCCAGGUGAAGGAUCACGCCGACUCUUGGGUCGCAGAGGCCCUGAAGAACGGCAGCAAGGGCAUCUUCAAGAAAGGCACGCUCAAGCGGAUCGACAAACUGAUGAAGGAGUAUUCGGUCAUUCUCGACGUACUGCGUGACAGCCAGGAGACCUUCCCGUGGGAGUUGUUUACGAAGGAGGCUCGCUUUACUCGUGUAGCCUCGAAGGGUGGUCAUGCGAACGCGACCCCCUCAGAUUUGUCGGUCGGGGUUAACUUCAACGACCCCCAGAUCCAGUCGGAUCUCCUGAUCCUGAUAAAGACCUUCGAGCCCUGGAUGGUGGACGAUUUGAUCGAGGAGUUCAGGCCGCUGGUUGAUUUUUCGGCCAAGGUUCUUCGGACUCAGCCUGAAGGCGGACGUAUCGGCAUCGGCGAGAACCCUCUCACGAGCCGCGCAUGGAACGAGAAGCCGAUCGUGGAGUUGUUGCGUUGGCACGGCGAUCGACCUCCACUGUGCGAGAUGGUCACGCUGCACCGGUGCAUGUUCGGACUGACGGACGACUACAGGACACCGAUUCGUAAGGUCCCGGAUCAGCAGACCAUGCGCACGGUGGCCAAGGAGUUCAGGCUGAGGAAGGACCUGAUUGACGUGCGCGUGCUGAGGCAGAACGAGGCCGUUCCCCUACCUCGCGUAGCUGUGCGGCGCAUAUACGCCAUGUACACUGACAAGGACGUGCUGGCCGACUUCUCCCACGCAUACGCGGACGACCCGAACUUCGCGACGGUCGAGCCAGCCACGAGGUACCCAACCGACACGGUGGUCGCGAUCUACGUGAAGGAGCCCAAGGUGAAAGCUUCGGCGACUAGCCCUUCGGACAUCGCCACGGCUCAGUGGGGCGCUCUGUGGAAGAUCCACCUGAACCUGAGCCACCCAUCCGCCCACGCUCUGAAGCGACGCCUGAAGUCCUACGGGGUGUCGCAGAAGAUGCUAGACGCAGUGGAUGAGCUGGACUGCGUCGCGUGCAAGGAGCUCGGCAGGCCCAACACUACGAGGUCAGUCAACCUGAAGCUCGACGGCAGAGUGGAACGGGCUAUCGACUCCUUCAAGGACCAUUCCCAGCGCCUGAACCGCGACGUGCAACUCACCAAGAGCGACGACCCAUCCGUGUGGACUUCGGUGAUCGCUAGCACGUGCAACAACCACAUCGGGCGGAACGGCUUCACGAGGGCCGAGCAGAUUCGCGCUGCGACGAACUGGGCGUUCCUCGAACUGGACAGCGACGACGCCGUGAGAAGGGCCACGGUUGGUCGAGUUCGCCCGCCGCGCGGGCCGUUCGUGCCGGGCCAGCUGGUGUUCUACUGGCGUGAGGUGAAGCACGUGAAGUCGAAGCGGCUCCAGGGCGAGCACGGGUGGCGCGGCCCGGCCUUUGUGCUGGCGGCCGAGGGCCACACCAGGCUGCACCUCAGCUACCGUGGGGUGCCGGUGCUCGUGGCGCCCGAGCAGGUGCGGCAUGCCUCUCGUGGUGAGGCCGAGAUGGUGGAAAACGAAGACCUCGCCAGGCAGCUGUCGCAGUGGCGUGGAGGGCCUACCCUCCAGAAGGGCUUCGUGGACGAGCGCGGGCCUGGGCCUGACGGGAGUGGCGGCCAACAUGCCAGGCGCUGCAAGAAGGACGACGGCGACUCAGACAACGAGGACGCCACGGGCGACGCGCCGGCGGCCAAGACGCCCCGGUGCUACCCGAAGUACCACCACUACCUGGAGAUGGACACGACAUGCAGGACGUCAAAGCUGAACCACUACCCGGAGAUGGAUACAAAAUGCAAGACGUCAGAGCUGAAGACAUACCCGGAGAUGGCCAUGGCAUGCCAGAUGUUACGGCUAACGACCCACCUGCACCUGCUGCAGCUGGGCAGGGGCGUGCUACGGAACGAUCUCUACCUGACGACUUCGAAGCAGAUCGCGAACGACUUCGCGUGCGUUCUGAAGCUCUCAAGCAAUCGUCUCCCGAGGAUCGAGGACGACAAGAUGGAUGACGAAGUUCUCUCCCUCAAGGUGAAGAAACGCUCGAGGGGCGCAUUUGUGGCAAGGAGGACUGACGCCGCGAAGAAGCAGGUUGCCCCGAAGAAAGGUCGGGAGCUUCGCAGCAUCCCGCCAGAAUGGAAGGCGGCAUUCUUGGCGAGCGACCUGGAGGCGAAGUCGCGGAACAUCGUCCCGGGCUACAAGGACAAGCAACUGCUCGCGGGCGAGCUGCAGACGAACGCGCCGACGCUCACGGACACGGCCACGGCGGUGAUCACCCAGGAAGCUGCCAGCCAGCCAGGCUGGAGCCUCGAGCAGGGCGACGUAGAUUCGGCAUUUCUGAAUGGGAGAUAUAUCUCGACUGCUCCAGGGGGGCAUCGCGACGCCACCCUAUCGCUUCCCGGGGCUUCGAGAUCCAAGCUGUGCCCGGCCCUCUUCAUCUUCCACGAUGAGAAGGGGAAGCUGAUCAGUCUGAUAGGGACGCACGUCGACGACGACCUCGUCGCGGGGUCGCCCAAGUUCUUCGCGAAUCAGGUGGCCAAGCUGAGGAAGGAGUACACGGAGAGCAUCGAGAAGAUUCACAUCUCGGCCGAACGUCGAAAAACAAAGGAGGCGAAGGCCACGUUGGAGGAAAGGGCGAUGCUCCACAGCGGCAAGGGCCAAAUCCAGUGGCUGGUCCGUUCUACGCGGAUGGACUUGGCGCCCCGGCUGGUGGAAAGCCAGGCUAGGGCUCACGACAGCGACCUGACGGUGCAAGAUCUGCUGGACUAUAACAAGCUCGUGAGCGAUGCCAAGACCGACCACGUGGAGGGCAUGGUCAUCUUGUUCGGGGGCAACGCCGACGAUCAGUUCCUACGCGGGAGGCCUGCCAAGGUCACCCCGAUGCUGUGGCGAUCACGUCGCAUCAAGCGGGUAGUAUGGAGUACCCUGGCAGCCGAGACGAUGGCAGCUCUGGAGGCGGUCGAGAAUGGCGACAUGCUGAGGCAGCGCCUGAUGGAGUUGCACCACGGGCUGGGUUACUGGACGCACAUGGACGACGUAAAGGCGAUCAAGAUGGUGGGGGUCACUGACUGCAAGUCGCUUUACGACCUGCUUCAGAAGCGAGGGACGGUUCCGUCCGAGAAGCGGCUGCUCAUCGACAUCGAGUCGCUCAGGAACGACAUUGAAUUCAACAGCGUGGUGAGCAAGUGGGUGAACACCAAGCAGAUGCUCGCCGACUGUCUUAGCAAGCAAGACGUCCGCGCAGGCGACUACAUGAGGUAUGUGCUCCGGACGGGCGAAUACCGUUUGACGGAGGACCCCAUGGCAGAGCAGGUCAUCUCUGAGCAAGGGAUGGAGCUGAAGGGUCGCAGGGGCGAGUACUACCGCUCGAAGUAUCCUCGUCGACAUCGACCUGCUGACCAGACUUUUGUACGAGAAGGCUACCCGCACUUCGAGGACUGCAUUGCGGACCUGGGGUACAAUGCGCAUGCGGCUCGACCUGCUCCCAAGCACUACCUCCGUUGGCGGAUGAUGCUGGGCCAGCGCGAGGACGACAUCCACUACGAGAAGCUGAAGGAUAUGGUCGACUGGUCAGGGCUGGACCAGGUGGCGAAGCGUCGGAGGAUUCCGACCCAAGCGCGUAAACUGCUGACGAUAUACGCGCGGACCAAAGAGGCUCUCGAGCGCUACGAGAAGGACUUCACGGAGACGCACAACCUGAAGAAGACGGACAUGACCAAGGAUAUCGAGCACCACGAGAACACGAAUGUAAUUUCGGACGAGGGUGUACUUGUGGAGUCGGACGAGAGUCAGAAUACAGACGGUACUGCAGACCUGGACGACGCGAAGGAGAUCUACAUGACGGACGCCGCAGGUGCUGAGACCGAGGAGAUCGGAGGAGGCGCCGCUGGAGCUGGCACAACGCUGGUGGCGUGUGCGGUGUGCCGGAUGGUUGUAGACCAAUGCGAGUGUCAGCCGAGGACUCGCAAGAAGGCCAACCACAACGUCCCCGUCCCCAAUGACGGCGAUGAGUGGGUCGAGGUUCCAGGCGAGACUGAGAAGUCCAGAGAAUCGACGUCCAAGGGGAAGACGACGGAAUUGCCGAUGGAUAAGGCUCGCAAGCUACAUGAGCGCUUGAAGCAUGCAUCCUACAAGCAGGUGGAGCACGACCUCGAUGACGUGCUGGAGGACGAUAUCCUUGAGGCGUACCAGCUGGUGGUCGCAAGAUGCAGCAAGUGCCGUCGAGCUAGUUGCGACACGGAGGAUAUCCCCAAGGGCAAGGGCAACGAGACAGGAAAAGGAAAGUCACGGAGUACUUGCAGAGUUGACCCAGACGGAUGCAUACAUCCAGCGGAUCAGCUCACGACUGUUGGCACCAACCAGUACAAGGAGAAGGUGCGCUGCCGCCUUUGUGACACUCUGCUCGUGGAUCGAGACACGAAGCGGUGGUCCGAGGAGAAGGAGCUUCGCGCGGAGGUCAAGGCUAUUCGCCUAGAGAAGCAGAAGCAGGAGCUCUUGAGCCGGUCGAGAGCACCGACGGCCGGACGAUCCUCGACAAAAUAA